ACUGUUCUCCUAUAAGCCCUCGGGUAUAAAGGAGAAAGAGUGAUCAAAGUGACUACGUAUUAGGUUGGAGCUACAGAAGAAGGCUACAAAAACUGCAUACAUCAUGAAGCUUCUCCUUCUGCCAUUUGUGUUGAGGCUUGCAGGAGCAUUUCCCCUGGAGGACAACAAGGUCUGCCAGCCUCACUCCAGACCCUGGCAGGUCUAUCUACAUGGUGGAGGGAUGUACUGCAGUGGAGCUCUGAUUGAUGAAUGGUGGAUAGUAACUUCCUUUGAAUGUGCACUCCAACCCUACAACACCAUUGCAUCGCUUGGGGAACAUGACAACACUGUGGAGGAGGGUACAGAGCAGCACAUUGAUAUCGCUGAUGUGAUUUAUCACAGCCCCUACCGCUCACCUCUACACAGCCUGUCCAUGGCUCGUCUGGCUAAACCCGCCCGGUUCACACAGUAUGUUCAGCCCAUUCCUCUGCCCAGUCAUUGCCCACAGCCUGGAGAGACCUGUUAUGUCAGUGGCUGGGGCUCCACUAUCCCAAAUCAAUAUGGGCCUUCUCAACACCUGAACUGUAUAACUGUGCCUGUCGUGGAUGAUCAGACUUGCAUCAACACUUUCCCUGAGUUCCUAUACUGGAGCCCUGGUAUGAUUUGUGCCGGUCAAGAAAACACGGAUAACUGCAUGAAUGACAGUGGCAGUGUGAUGGUGUGUGAUGGCCAGCUGCAGGGUGUGCAAUGUUUCAGACACGGCUGCAGCAACCCAGCUGACCCCACCGUCUACACCAAGCUGUGCAAGUACAAUGACUGGAUCAACAGUGUGAUGGACCAGUACUCCGGUGCUCUGCCAAUGAAAACCACUCCACGGAUGAUGACAUGAAGCAGCAGAGAGACACAUUCAUCCAGAGAUAAAAUGGAUAUAUUGUAUACAAUGUGCCAGAUUACUGUGGGCUAAGAUCAGUAACUGGCCUUCUUUCAGUGAAUGCUAUUGUAUUUAAAUUAAACUUAUAUCAUAUACUACACAGGCUAAGACUCUCAUAGACAACUUCUACUUAUAUAAAAUAAAUCAAGCAUUGCAACCUUUAUUCAAUCUCAAACAAUUUGACAAAACACAACUAAUAAAUGUUGAAAAUGUC